AUGGACGACGACACACACAUGGAAGAGGCUGGCGUCCCGGUCGACACGGCCGUCGCAGCGAGCACCGAAUUUCUGCCCCCAUCCAUCGACGAGGCCGCCCUGCUGGCCGGCGACUCCUACUCGUACUUUUCGCCUGUGCUCUCGGCCGACACGCGGGCCAGCCUGAUGGCGGCGCUCUGCCGUCCGGGCUCGUCGCUGCAUCGGUCGUGCGGCUGGGCUACGGCAGCACUCUCGGCACGCGAUAUCGGCGCCGACAUGCUGGCGCCAGCAUCUGCAGCCGGAUCCAAUCUCAACGCACAGGCGGCCGACGCGACCGUGGCGCUGAUCCGUGGCGUGCUGGCACGCGGCGUGCGCGUCACUGACGUCUACGUCGACACGGUCGGGCCACCGGCUACGUACCAGAAGAAACUCGAGCGCGUCUUUCCUGGCCUCCGCAUCACCGUCGCCAAAAAGGCAGACUCGCUCUACCCUUGCGUCUCGGCUGCGUCCGUCUGCGCAAAGGUCACGCGCGACGUCGCCCUCGCCGUCCUCUACCGCCGCUAUGGCGCCGCCUCUGCCUCUGAACCCGACUGGGGCUCCGGCUAUCCGUCUGACGGCAGAUGCACUGCCUGGCUGCGCCGAAAUAUACACCCUGUCUUCGGCUGGGGCCCCGAGUGCCGCUUCAGCUGGGGCACCGCCAAGGACCUCCUCGAAGAUGACAGCAGCGCCAAGAAGAAGAGCACCAGCACCAGCGCCAAACAGGCCAGCGUCCGCGUCGAAUGGCCGCUGCCAGACGACGACGACCCUUCUAUCGGCCGUAUGACCGGCUUCCUCGUCUCCUCGACCACCAAGCCGUCCCAGUCACACAUCCCUGCCGACGACGUCGACGAGCUGGGAUCCUGGUUCGGGCGGCCCGUCGGCCUCGAGGCGUUUUAG